AUGAGUGAAGUCGAGAUGAGGGAAAAUCCAGAAUCCGACUUUGGUGAGCUUGGAAAAAAAUGGAUUAAUUGGCGAUUAAGAGAGCUGAGGGAAUUCAGGAGUAUAUUUUCAAAGCACCUUUCGGAACACGUUUAUAAAUGUUUUGAGCUACAUUCGGAGCCAAAUCUGAAAGCUGUGAUUAACGAAGAGAAAUGUCAACGAACGAUUUUUGCUCCUUUGGAGUACUUCGUUUGUGGAGAAGACCCCAAGACUGGCUUUCAAAAAUUGCAAAGCAUGAACUCGCCCUCUCAACUUUGCGGAAAAGUGUUUAAAGUUGGAGAGCCGACUUAUUCCUGCAGGUUUGUACAAAGAAAUCAUCCCAGUAAACUAAAAUAACGAUAGUUUACUUAUUUUCCUUUGAUUAAGGCUUAUUCUUUCGCGGUCGUAUGUUUAUGUGCAUAUUAAUAAGUUCUGCUUUGUUCUUGUCGGGUUUGUGAGUCGAUCGUUUAUUUUGCCGCGUCAUAAAAUAAGAUUUUUGCGAUUUUUUCAAAGGCAGAAACGCUCUCAAAGAUAUGGCCUAUGAGAUAUUGUACCAGAUCAAAAAGCUUCACAAAGGCAUGUAUUUGGCUACAAAUCGGGACAGUUGUUUUGUUUAUUGUUUGCUGAGAUGGAUGAUAAAAGCAUAAUGAUUAGUUUUCAUGAUUUAAGAUGGCUUUUAUUACUACAGGUUUGAUUAAAAAAAACAAAAUGAAUGUCUCAAUCGUCGCAUGUGAUGUUAGUAAUUAAGCAUGGGCAAAUGUCAUGUGAGCAUUCAAGGAAAACCCAAACAAGAUAGUGUUUGUCAGCUUUUCCACUUUUUUGGGUCCUCAUGACAGUCUGAAGAGUUUUUAAAAAUUAUAUCAUAUUUUCCCUCUUCUAAGCCAGCCAAUAUUAAAGACAAUAUUCUUAAUUUUUAGCUUUAAUAUGUAGGUUAAGUUUAAUUUUAACAUUUCUAAGCGCAAUUAAAAUUUUAAUAUUGACAAUGAUACCAUAUAAUUCAAUAAAUUACAAUUUUAGGGUAAAUACUGUUCUUGUAGCUUUAACUUAAGUAGGUGUUUGGUGAAAUGUCUGUCACAGAACUUGGUUUGUUGAGAUGAGCUACAGCUAAAAAUAUGUGAAAUACCAUUAAAGGUCUAACAGUGUUUAAGCAGUUAGCAAUAUGUGCACCCAAAGUGAGAGUGUUGUCCCAAACAGCAUGCAGACAUUAGUUUGCUCAUGAUUCUGGCCUGCUGAGAUGCUUCAAAGAAACUUACUUACUUACUACCCGUCAUGCCUGUGUGGCACAUAGGGCAGCAACGAAAUCUUUCCAACCCUGUCUAUCUUUAGCCAGUUUUUCAAUGGUGCUCUAGCUGUAAUCGAGCCCCCUUAGUCUCUUCUCUACUGUCCUGCACCAAGUUGUUUUUGGGUGCCCUCUACUUCGUUUGCCUUCAUGUGUCCAGUGCAUUGCAAUUCUGGCUAUGUUGUUACUGGCCUUCGGCAUCACAUGACUGAUCCACCUCCAUCUUCUCCUGUUGACAAGUGUAUGAAUAUCCUCCUGCUUGGUUUGCCUCAGUAGCUGGUUGUUUGAUAUUUUCUGAAGCCAGAAGAUUCUCAGAAUUUCCCUGAGGUUAGCUGUGUGGAAGGAUGCUAGUUUUGAGAGGUCCUGUUCUGUCAUUCGCCAGCAUUCCAAGCCGUAAAGGAGAGUUGACAAUACACAGCUCUGAUAGAUUCUAAGCUUCGUCUUUGUGCUGUAGCUUGCUGACCACCAUACUGAUCUUAAACUCAUAAAGGCAUUUCUUGCUUUGUUCAAUCUGCUUUGUAUAUCUACACUAGUACCCCCAUCUUGGCAGAGCACACUUCUGAGAUGUGUGAACUUGUUGGUGUAUGGAAUGACCUGUCCUCUUACCCUGAUCUUUGUUGGGGAAGGGACAUUAACACACAUGGCCUCCGUCUUCUUCAAGCUAAUUCUCAAGCCGACCUGGUUGCUGAACAUGCUGAGCCAGUCUGUCUUUUCCUGAAUGUGCUGUCGUGUGUGGGACAAUAGGGCUAAAUCAUCUGUGAAGUCAAGGUCUUCAAGGAGUAUAGUAAAAAGGGUCCAUCUUAUGCCUCUUCACUGAUCUUCCAUUGUUUGACAAAGGAUCCAGUCGAUAACAAUAUUGAAUAGCAUGGAUGACAUGGGACUGUUGCCUUGUUGUGGCAGAGUGGCUUGUGCAUCCCAGUGACUCCAAGAGCUAUGCCAGUGGGGGUGUUUACACUCCUGGUAGGGCAUCCCAAGCCAGAAAGGUCAAGGAGUAGGUUCCAGACUAAAGACAGUCCCACAGUCCUCCAGGCAUGGGGGUUAGGCUUAAGGCUAACAACCUUAUCCUGUAAAAAGAAUUUGUUAUGGAAACAGCCCCAAAGAUAACCAAUAUCCUGCAUGCAGGCCUUCCAAGGUCUUCGAACCGUACUUCAAAGAAAAGAAUCAAUUAAAUUGUUAGCCUAAGACUGUAUCUAUUUCUUUUUUAACAAAGUGUAACACCACUUGUUGGCAUAAAAUGUCUUAAACAUUGUAAUACCCCUCUCAAGGAAGUUGGACAUGGAUUGAAAUUCUUUAAUAAUUUUUCUUGGGUAAUAAAAUGUAUGUGACAAUGUUUCAAUAAACAUGGAUUCCUUUUUUGAUUUUUCAGGGACUGUGGUCAUGAUAGUACUUGUGUUUUAUGUAUCAACUGCUUUCAGAAGAGUAUCCACAAAAAUCAUCACUACAAGGUAGGUUUCUUGUUUCUUGUUUCUUGUUUGUUGACCUGUUAACUAAUAACAUGUCAAGAUACAGUUAAUUGAGUUGAUAAUAAAUGCAUGUGAAUAUAUGAAAAUCAUAUAUUUGAACUGCAGUUGAUAAAAGCAAAUUACUCUGUGGUACCUUCACCAACACAGCACCACACAGUUUCUAAAAAAAAUUACCUACUUUACAUAACACAGCCAGCCAUAGUUCAUUGUUCAGGGAAAGAACUAUUUUUUAUGCUUGCUUUUCAACAUUUAUAGAGGGUGGUAAAGAAGGGUCCUGAUCGUGUUUCACACACAAAUUUGAGAAACUCACUUCAAACACAUGACUGUAUUUAAAGGGAAAACUUCAAAUUUGUCUUACUGUGUACAAGGUUUUAGGGAAAUCUUGGACUUCACAAAAUGAACAAAGAAUGUACUGUAAAGUGGUAGUGGAAUUGAGUGGAGGGUACAUUUAGUUUUGUCUGUUAUCACAUGCCAGGCAAAAUUACUGAAUGCUGAUUGGCUGGGAAAGAGAGCAUUUUUUUCUUAAUGAAACAAGAGGGCAUGAUUACUUGGUGAUGAUUGAGCCUUUUUGCUGUUUGCAGCAAUGAUUUAUUGAUUGGAAUUGAACUGAAUGGAGCCUUGUAACGUUGUUAACUCUAUUUUGAGAAUAAAAUGUUCAUUGAAUCUGUUGAUCAAUUACAUUUGUUUUGACAAUUGUGGCAGCGCUGAAAGGGCUUCAUUGUGUGCACAUCAUGUACGAAUGCAAUUCCCUAAAACAUUUUGCCCAUUAUGUGAUAAACAAGUAAUUUCAAGGGUCCUUGGGAAAUUAAGGAUUAAUUUCACGUGUAUUUUUAAAGUUUUACCUAAAAUUUCCCUUGUCACCUUGCAACUUGAGCAAUUUUGGGAAAACUUUGAAAAUACAUGUGGAAUUAAUCCGUAAUUGCUGGUGGUCACUUGUGAUAACAUGUACAAAUUGUACACCUGGUUUCAAAGUUGAAUAAGCUCACUGUAGAAGUUAUGGUAGAGAACACAAGUAUGAGAUAUGGAACUAAAAUUGCACAACACAAAGUUCAGUUGCCAUUUCAUUCCUUGUACUAUUUUUAUGUUGCACAGUUUAGUUGCCUUAGACAGCAUUUUAUUGUAAAUGAUUAAAUUUGUUCAUUCCCAUAUGAGAAAGUUUUGGCAAAAGCAAAAUGUGCGAUACAUGUACACCUGUACAUGUAGUUCCAUCUUUCAUUUUUCUGCCUUCAAAUCUGAAGUUAAUGUUUUUGUUUUAGUGUUCAGUUUUCAUUGUUGGGAAAAAGGUGGAAUUUUGAGAAGAAAACAGGGAAAUUUUUAAUUAAUCAGAUUACUGAAAGUUAGUUAGAUUGGAUGGACAGCCCCUUAUCCCAAAAUGGAUAUAAUACAAGCAGAAACAGAAUGAUCUUCUUGGUUUAACUGCAACGAUUGAUCACCAACUGCCGUGUAUCUAUAACAAUUCCUAAUCCAUUAGGAAUUUUCCCAGUAUUGAUCAGAAAUCAGGCAUGCAUGUUUUCUAUCUCUACAGAAACCUCAUAUCCCAGAAUACUUUUUAAUUUUUUGCAGAUGAACACAUCUGGUGGUGGUGGAUUUUGUGACUGUGGUGAUGCUGAAGCAUGGAAAGAUGGGGUGGCCUGCAGCACACAUCAACGUAUGGGAGAUGCUGAAGUGGAACAGGUGUGAAGUUAUAUUUUAUUUAAAAUCUGUCUAAUGGUAGUAUAAUUAUCUUAAGUAUCUGUUUUCCUGAAAGUGAGAAUUUAAGACAUCACAAUGGUAACAUUGAAAGAAAUAAUUAAAAAAAAUUAACUUAUAGUUUUUUUUAACCCUUCUAACCCUAUGCAUAUCCUCCAUACUAUUUUUUGCACAUUUCUUAGGAUGCUAACAAGGAGAAUUUGUUGGGAAAUCAAGUGCUUUGUUAGGUGGUGAUUAUUUCCUAUAUUCUCCUUGACCUUAAUGCUUGAUUCAGGGUUGAUAUGGUAAGGAGAGGUUAGAUGUUGGUCACUUUAAGGGAUCAAAGGGUUAAGCAUUUUGCAAGUAGCCUGCCUUGUUUCUGUAAAAGCAGUGUUGAGUUUCAGACUGAAACUUGAAUCAAUUUCCUUCAGGGUUUUGUUUUAUCUGACGGAGCAAAAUUGGGUGAUUUCAUAUAGUUGUUUGCAGAGGACAACUAGGAGAUGUACUAAGUUUUGAGACAUGUGUAGAACUGUUGUCCUGCGUAUUAAAAUUUCUAUUUUGCCACUGUCUUGUUUCCACUGCUUUCAUUCCUAAUUUAUUUUUUUGUUCACAGAAUCCAAUUGACAAGCUGCCACCAGACACAGCUGACAGAGGAGCUGAUAUCUACAAUGUUGUGUUAAACUACUGUGUUGAUCUUAUCUGCUGGGACAAGGAUGAUGAACUGCCUGAUUACCUAGAUGUGAUGUAAGUUUGGAACAGUUGUAUAAUGUUAAAAAGACCAAUUAAACUAUUCUGUAUCCAAUUAAAUUUCCUACAACGCACUCAGAAAAAUAGAGGUUUAGCUUAUCAAGAUUGAUUCAUAACUAUUGCACUCAAUUUAGCCUUACCUCAACUCUUAACCCACUCACAUUUGAGAUCAAAUAUUGAUUCUCCCCGAGUCUGUUGGAUAGAUCUUAUUACUUAAGUCAGGAGAAUUUGGUGUUAGAUAAGAUAUCACCUUUUUGCUUGACAGUGUAUUGGUGAAAUUCAUUUAUGGCAAUCCCAGGAGUGGAAGGGUUGGAAUGAUUAGCAAUCUAAUGAAGUUUUUUUCCUUCUUCAUUUCAGUUGCAAUGAAGAUACUUUUGUUACAAUGUUAUUUAAUGAUGAAGUUCAUACCUAUGAUGAGGUUUGUCAAUGAUCACCUUUCAUUUUACUGGAUUUGUAUGCAGUGCUUAAUGAACUGGGUAUUUCCUUAUCAUCUCAGGCUUAAGUAUUAACUCAUAGUUUACUGUUGUUAUGACAAAACUAUGUGACCGUUGUUCUUUGAAUUGCUCUCUAAAUCACUGGAAUUGUUAAUUAAGCUAAUGAUUGAACAACAGUUUUUUUUCUUUUAUUAUUUAAACAAUUGUUUUUUGCUCAAAUUUUACAUGUUAGUUUGAUUUAUUAUUAUGUGGUACAUGUACAUUGAAUACCUGCCAGAUGUGUUCCUUUAGAUAAAGUCAAGUUAUUGCAAUGUCUCAAAACAAUUGAAAGUUUGGUUUUAGUUCUUCUGUUACCACAUUUGUCCAAUCAGUACAUGGCAACAUGAGAUUUUUAUUCUAAAGCUGGCUCCUUUAUCAGGCAUGUAAGAUGAAAUGAAUCUCACAACAAUCAAUUUGCUUGUGUCAACUUUAUCAUGUACUUUGGCCUAAGGAUCAUCUUAAGGGUAGUUUUUCACUACAACUGGUACUUGUCUACAAUGUGUAAGGACUUCUGAAUGCAGUGAUCAUGAAAAUUAACUCUUUAAACUGACAGGUUAUACAGACUCUGCAGCAAGCAAUACCUGGAUGUACACAACAUCAGGCAUUAGCUUUUGCAAAUACUGUGGACAGAGAGGUAAGUCUGAAGCCUGGACAAUCUUGAAAUAUCUACAGUAGUUAACUGGAUUAUAAUACUGAGUCUCUUUGCUUGAGGGUAAUUUUUACUGUAUUUAAUAAGUAUGAUCAAAUGAUGAUUGAAUAUUUUGAUAUUUAAAGUAAGGGUAUGCAUUUGCUAACACAAAAAGCCUAAAUCUGAUUUGUUGAGUGAUACAGAAAAAAAAAAAACAGCUGUUCCAGCAGUCAAAUUAUAUAGUUUUUGAGGGUAGACAAGCAAGAAGCUGUUUGGGUGGUUAGGAGAAAAUCUGUGCCAAUCAAGAAGUAAAGGAAACACCACUUACUAUGUAGCUUUGAUUGUUUUCCAGAGCUAUAGUGUAAAGCUGUAAUUUUUAACAUCUUCGUUUUGGUUUCAGAAGCUUAUUCUGUUUGAAACAUUUGCUAUGACUACUGAGCUGACAUUCUAGCAAAGUGUUCUCCGUAACUGUAUAAAUUGGUAUUAAAAAUUAAACAACAACAACCUAACCAAUGCUUACAUGUAUAUGCCGUAUUUCUCAGGGAAGAUCAAUUGUGAGGACAGGAAGCUACAGUCAGUGUGAGCAGUCCAGAAAAGUUAUAAAGGUACCACAAACGCAAAAGUGUGUGAGGCAAUCUUCAAAAAGUGGGAAUUUUUCGUAACUCUUGUCUGGGAAAAAAUGUUACGCUUCGUUCAGUAGCAUAUACGCAUUGCAUAACUCACGGCAGUUAAAAGGUUAAGGAUUAAGGCGUAGAUAUUCUUUGGAUGGUGGCUUGGAUAGAAGGUACAUAAAAAGCGUAAAAACUUUUAAUUUUGUACAUGUAUGCGCUUUCUGUAACCCCAUUUUCUCAUGGUUUACACAGCAAGGUACUUCAGGACCAAGUCGGAAAUCUCUCAAGUGUCGUGUGAUGCAUACUAAAGUCAUUGCUCAUCAGAUGUGUGCAGUUCAUAUGCUGGCCUGGUUGAACAAGAUUACCAAUUACUCGGGUUGGUUGAAACUGUUGAUGUUUCCAAAACUUUUGGUGCACUCUGAUAAGGCACAUCAGAUUUUGAAAAUUCUCUUCUGUGGUUAGAAAUUAGUAUAGACUGUAGGUAAUAACAUGAUUUAGAGUGCAAUUUGGUGUUAAUAAGCACGAGUAAAUUUUUCAAAGACAACAAAAUGAUUGCGCGAGCCCGUAGGACAAGUGUAGUCUUUGAAAAAUUUACGAGCUAGAAUCAAACCGCUCUCUAGUUUUUUCUGAUAGUAAAAACAGAUUGCGAUCACUGGAAUAGUCACGUCUACAACACUUCAAGAAAAUUUGAACCUGUGCUACAUGAGAACGAAGGGCUAACGAUGGAAAAGUCAGCUUUGAAACUAUUUACGGUGGCCAAUUUACACUGUCAACUCAGUUGAUAAUACUUAAUUACCUUUUAUACUCUCCCACCGACGCAGCACCAGAGUUUCUAUAGAAACUUACACCCUGUAUUGUGUAAACGAUCGCCGAGAAAUAAUAAGCGUAGCGAUCCUCAGUCGUGAGAAUAAAUUCCGUAAAGUACUGAACUCGCGUAUCUUGCUGCUCUAUUUACGAAGUCUUUUUGCAAAACUGAUUAGAUUAGAUUAGACCAACACUCAUAGUCUCAAAAUAACUGUAGAGAAUGUUCUGUCUUUACAAGGACAUCUGAAAAUUAUUAGAUGUUCUCAAGGCUGUGCUCUAACGGCGCCCGGUCGCCUGAGGCGACUAACAUUUGGCCUCGGGCGACUGAAAAUAUUUUCUUGGUCGCCCGGCCGGGCGACUGGCUGGUGUUGGUUUCUUGAUUUACAGUCAAAAAAAAAAAGAAAAUGUUGUUCAAUCGGGCGCGCGUUGAUAUUCAAAGGUCGUUCCACGUGAAUUUACGUGUAACAUAAUCAUCGACUUUGAUCGUGACAAGCUGCACAGUUUUCGAUUUUAACCGCUUUUCCAAAUAGUAUUAUAAUUUUUUUUUUUGAAUAAACACAGGAGUCGCUCUUCUAUGCUAAUUUAAUAUUUUAGCCGGCUUUUUACUGCCGUGUCUGCGAGGCAAAAACAUAACUUAAGAUUGUUUUUCCAGUAAAACACGAUGUAUAAAAAAGAAAAGAUACGUUUUUUUUGUGAUUGUUUUAGAAACGGGUAUAAACUCUAUAAGUCCCGCAUUGUCCUUGGUGUCGUGACAAGUUAUUACGUAUCACGCACUAAAAAUAUAAUCGACCGAAUCCACAAAAAGCUCAUUUGUCUUGAACAUUUCACCGAUAACAUAGGAAAGAAAAUACUUCUGUUCUGCUCUUAAACGAUGACUUUCCAACAAGAUGACUUAUUCAAAAAAGAUGAUAGUUUUGGGGCGGCCGCGGGUUUCGUUGCGGAAAUUCAUGGCAGCUUUCCCGGGAAAGCCGCCACGGGAUCUCAGUCAUUUGUCGCAAGCGAAUUUUCUUUUCAACCUAAAUGAUUAGUAAAAAGAAUAGUUUUCUUAUUUUUGACCGAAACAUUUUAAUAAAAAUUACCUAAACAGACCUUAAUCUUACUUUUCAUUAAAAAAAAACAUGAAAAAUUCGGCAGCUUUGCCCUUGUUUCUCAUGGCGCGAAAACUUUGAUGGGUUUCAUAUGACAACAUGCGGGUUUUUUUUCGCACGCUUUGGCUAAAAAUUAGCGAGUUCGCUGAUCAAUAAAUGCACAUAGUUCUAUUUGACUCGUUACGAAAACAGUUUGUUUAAUUUUUAAUAAUUAACUGACUGAUUUAUUAAUUUGGGCGACCAACUAGGAGGCCCGGGCACCUCAGCUAAAAUGUUUGGGAGCCCGAAGGGCUCCCCGAAAUUUUGAUUUGGGCGACCAUCUUUUAGGCCUGGGCACCCAAGCUAAAACGCUUGGGAGCCCGAAGGGCUCCCUGAAAUUUUCCUUAGAGCACAGCCUUGGUUCUAGUCUUCUCGAAUGAGGAUGAUAAGCCUUGGGCCCCUUCUCUUGAAUUUUCUCUAUACGGCAUGCUAAUAUAAGUUUAUUUUCUAAUUGUAAAUUACUGAACCUCUGUAAACGAUCGAGUUGAUAACGUAAAUUUGCCACCGUAAAAGGUUUUAAAGCUCAGGUUUCGAGCGUUAGCCCUUCGUCAGGGCGAUUGAAGAAGGGCCAACGCCAGAACCGUCAGCUUUGAAACUAUUUACGGGGCAAAUUUACAUUAUCAAUUCAGUUGAUAAUACUAAAUUACUUUGUUAUACUCUCCCACCGACGCAGCACCAUAGUUUCGUUAGAAACUUACCCUCUUUAUUCAUUUUACUUUCCUUCACAGAUGGUCUGCGGAGGAUUCUCUGUAACUCUGUGCUUGUACGCAAGGAUGACUGUGAUCUUCUAAGCAGAGUAUUAUUGUCUGACGCCUCCUUGUGGAAAGGUACGGUAACGGUUGACAGCGUUUGAUUUGCUCAUCGUCAAUUUAUUUCAGUCAUCUAUCCAGCUGUGUCUUAAGUAACGAUAUUCUUAAGUAGUUGAAGUAAGCAAUCAGUCCCUCCCUCUCCACCGUGGAACGUAGAAUUGUGUCAAAAAUGCGGGUUGUAUAUGUAGUUAUUCAUGGUGGUGAAUACACUUGUAAUGAAGUAUAACUGGUCUGUCACACAAUGAGGCCAAUUCCGGUGUGGAUCGUGACGUUUCGAAUGGGUAUCCUGUCUUUUUCGCUGAUGUGCUCUGCGCCGACAACUCACGUUUAUUCGCUGACGUGAUAUGUCCCGUUCGCCGACUUACAAUAGAAUGAUCUGUAGAACAGUUUUACUUAUCCUGUCCUUUAGUUAUAUUUUAAGAAGAAACUGAACAUCCAUGCAAUAAAUAUAUGACUAACAAUAAGGUCACACUAUAGACAGAUGCCAGUCGAUUCAGGACUCUGGAAGGAUCAGUAUGCACCUGAGAUUGGGAAAAAGUCCUCAGAAAAUUUUUUUGUUCAUAGUACUGUCCUAAGUCGGCCAACGGGUCAGUAACACGUCGGCGAGUCGACCCGAUUUGUCGGCGAAGGGGAGGUCGGCGAAGGAGAGGUCGGCGAAACGACCUUAUACCCUCGAAUACAUAUUGCUAGUCUCCUUCAUUCGAGUGGAUAGACAUCAUGGUUCACCUUUAUGACUGGCUGGGAAUACUUCUUCGAAAUGCACGAAUCAUGCCUGUUAAAAACCAGCCAAUCAAGGCGAAGCAAGGUGACAUUCUUGCCUGAAGAAGACUAACAGUUUGCAGUCGAAAUGUCGCGGUAUACAUAAGUGGAAAGGUAUUUCGGAAGUGACUGUUGAUGAACAUCGUGAAACAAGUUACGAUUGAUACCUUAGCACUAGGACUUAAAAAAUCGUUUUUGUUUCAGUUGCUAGGGCUCAUACCCACAAGCUUUUUAUGAACACGUGAGUACACAAACCAUCUGUAAUUUCAAAUGCCUAAAACAUUACAAUCUGCAUUACAUUUGUUGAUUUUCAGUGGAAAAUGAAUCGUGACUUUUUUUAUCGUUUGUGUAGAAUGUUGAUGGAUUCCUUGGGAAAGAGAGCAUUUGCCAUUCAUUUCACCAAGGUAAAGAAUAUAAUGCCUGUCGACGUCUAGAAUUAAAAGUCUGGUUACCAACAAUCAAAUUUUAGUCGCAUCGGCGACUAGCAGGUUGCAGUUUCGGACCCUAUUUUCUCUGGAUUCCAACAUGCAUGGAAGUCGUAAAUGGGGAACAGCGCCCAGCACAUCUGCAAUAAACGAUUAUUUUCUGUUAUUUUGUUUCGCAGCAUUACAGACAGAUCCAAAAAGACUUCGUUGAGGAUGAUCACGAACAUGCUGUUUCAGUAAGUGGCGCUUACUGGGUUUGUGGUAGAAAGGGUUUGGUUAGAUUAAAUUGAAUUAAAUCGACGUCUUGUAGAAUGUAUAGCACAUUUAUAUUAAUUUUUAUUAUAUUAUAUUCAGAUUUAUAAUUUUUUUUAAAUUGAUUUUUGAAGUAGUUUUUAUGUCUGUUUUUCCAUCAGGUCACAUCUUUAUCAGUUCAACUUUACACCGUUCCAACAAUAGUAAGAUUAUUUUUAUUAAUAUCGUUACUUCCAGUAAGAGUUGUGUCUUCACUUCUUAAAUGUGGAAAACGCUUGAUUUAUCGUAUUUUAUCAAACGAGUGGAAGCGGAUCGCGCGAGAAUUGCGCGCGAGAGGAGGAGUACAUCCCCUUCUCGCUUUGCACGUGUUCUACAUCCAACUUCAGUUUGAAGUCCCGCUUCAUUCCGCUAUGGAUCGCAGUUUUUGAUCCAGCAGACACAAAAUAGUGCACAAAAUUAUGAACAAAGUAGGGCACUUUAUUAUAUAAACACCAAUGAAUACCUAGCGCUUCACUCGCUUCUGAAAUAUUUUUCAACACUCAAAGAGAGAUUUCGUAUCUCCACGCGGCCAUGUAAUAUCCUCUAUGUAUGAUUUCAUGUAAACUGGUGAAAAAGGGUAGAGGACGAUUAUUUAUUCCCUAAAUCAGUAAAGUUUGAACUUUAUAUCCUUAAUUUAGGCCAGGAUGCUGAUUUUAGACCAUGACGUGUUGGAAGUGAUUCUUUCUGCAUUCAUGGAGCAGUUGAAGCCGGCUUUGAACAGUAAGUGUGUGGAAAUGUGUGGGCUGCUUUGGUCUUCUACCAAGCGCUUUGAUUAUGUAGUCUAUGCGUUUGUUAUGGUUUGUUCUUUGAUGAUGAUACAGAUGCUGACCUUUUUUUUUUGUGCAGGUCGUGGAACCUUUGAGUUUCGAAAGCACUCCCUCAACAGGUCCUAUUUUAUGAUGAUAGACCUCAAGUAAGUAACAGUGCAGUCUGCAGUGCACUCGUCUAUAAACGGAAUGCGGGGUAGCGCAGUGGGCAGCCUAUAGUUCGCCGAUUCGUUGGCUAGAGGGUAGUCAAGGGUAGAACGAUAUCCCUUUCCCCUCCCCCCCCCCCCAUUCCUCUUACCCAUCUACUACCCCCUUGGGAGAAAGUGUUUCCUUCCUAACCUUUCUCUGCAUCAAAAUCCCAAGAUGUUAGUUAAAGAUUAGCGUUUGCUCGCCGAAAAUACUCCUGAACUAAAGGCUAGUAACCAUUUUGAACAACGGAAUGGAGGCGCCGCGACAGGUCCCAUGUAAUGACAAAUCGGACUCUUGUGAAGUUUUGUUGACAAAAAAAAUCAUGAAAUUUUUUUUCUAAAUUAAUUGUAUCAUUCGUAGGUAUAUUCUGCUACACAAACCCACGGAGUGGACCGAGGAGCUUAGAGGAAAGUUCAUUAAAUUUUUAGAAAAAUUCUUUGGACUGCUUAAGUGUAUGCAGGUGAGAUGAUUUUCAAGUGGAAUUAAAGUUAUCCCGUUUAAUGCAAACUCAGUGUCCUUGCUGUAACCUUCAAAGGUUACUAGUGUAGCGGAGAAGACAAUCCGAACGCAACAAUCCGAACAAUAUAAAUCACGGUUUAAUCAAAUGAAAUACGUAAACAAAAUUACAAACGGAAAUAAGGAGAUCGGUGUGAAAUCACAGAUGAAGAUGGCGAAGUAAAGUUGAAGAUAGCGUAGUUACGAUUGAUCGUCACGUUGUAGCUGAAUUCGUGUGGUUCGAACUAAAAGAAAAUGCAGCAGAAACUAAAUUAAGAAAAUAUCCUUGAGAAAUGUAACACUAGCCUAAUUAACAAUGAAGCGAUUAUAAAGUGAACGGAAAGCGAGAAAUAAAUCGAUGUACGUAUCCAGGAAAAAAAAAAAAAAAAUCUUAAAUGUGAAAUAAAGAACAACUUACUUUGGUCUAGCUCCUAAUGAUUAUAGGUAAAUCGCCGAUGGAAUGAUUCAAACUGUGUGAUUUCCUUUCAGGGCAUGGAUAUGACGACCCGUAAAACAGGUCGGCACGUGGAGAUAGAGCCUGACUGGGAGGCAGCGUUCAACUUACAAAUGCGAAUGAUGCCUGUCUACUCGCUGGUUUAUGAUUGGUGCUUCAGUGAUGUAAGUUGUCAGUUUUCACUUUGGUUGGAUAAGUCUUGGAAAUUAGAGGCCUCUUAUUUCCGGAACUUAUCUUGGUUAUGAUCGUUUCCCGUUUCUACUCUUGUGUGCAGAGAAACAGGUGACGUUAAGGAUUUGAUAAAGAAUACAGUGACUCGGUCGGUCAUUCGGCCAAUGCUUCGCCCAUUUACGACAGAAAAACAGAUGCAGUGUUAAUACUUGGAAUUUACAUCUACAUAUAGGAAAAUAGCUUUUAAUUCAAUACUUUCUGCUUCAGAAAUAUUUAAUUACGAACAACUUUCAGCAAAAGCUGUUAUGUUUGAGAAAGAUGUUUACCCUUAAAAAAAUAACCAUGCACAGUUUGGAUUCGAUGGCAGUUCAAUGUUUUGCAAGCAGCGGUAGAGGGAAUAACUAAAUGAACAUGGUGUCUCCUUUCAGGUGCUAAUCUUUCGCACAGCCAUCCUUGAAUCCAUCAAAACACUUCUUGAGGCGAGAAAAAAGCAAGAGGAAGUGGUCAUGAAAGUUUUGCAUGGUUGGUUAAAGGAACAAAAAGUUGACGUACUUGUAUUCGUAAAUGUUAAGUACAAUAGAGGCAAAAUGAAUGUGUUAGCGGUCCAUGUUUGUGUUGAAAGGGAGAUAAGAAUGUCGGAGUCACUCUGUGAUGACCAGGUGCUAGGUUAACGCCACUUCCACCUUAAGUUGUGUCUCAACAAGCAUAUCUGAAUGCCAAAGCGCACCCGCUCCAAAUCUCCGAUUAUGCUCAGCCUUUCAUUGCCUUUUACACACACCCCCGAAAGGACCAGAACUCCAAGCUAAACGUUUUAUCAUAAUGGCCAUACAGUGACCUUAAAUCGUAAGAUGGUCGCCUAAAAUAAAAUGUCAGGCACCGUACAAAAAAGAAACAUUUAAAGGCUUAAUUCUCGGAUAACCAGAGAGAAAGAGGCAUUUUUUUUUCAAUAACAGAAAACAAUACAAAAUUUAUAAUAUUACAAGUAAAGGCCGGUUUAUCUACUUUUAUAUUGAGACUAUGAAUAGUAAAUUGCUUGUAGCAGGACCACCGAACACAGGUCACCAAAUUGGUGACUUUCACUGAAAAUUUAGUUACCAAUUUUUUUCACUGCUCUGCCAUGACAGUUGCCAAAAAUUAAACAGUUUGAUGCGCGUCAACUGGAUGACUUGAAGCGGAGCAUAGGUGUGGCUGUCAAUCAUGCAUAGUGGAACGAGGUUGGCAGCAUUAAAUCGGUUGUAAACGCACGACCGAAGAAACUCUAGGAAUGUUGUAAGGGUCACACCUCUCCAUUUCGUUGCUUCAGACACACAUUUGCUGGCAAACCACCGUCUAUAGGCCCUUAGCAGCGUCCAGGUGAUAGCCUUGAGCAUUUUAAGCGGCCAGCCUGGCUUUAAAUGCCCGCCUUCAAUUGAAAAUAUAACGCUUUUGCAAAGUCAGGCAGAUACGAAAGCAGAAACCCUUUUUUUGCCCAUUUUUUCUUGAAAAUUUUGUUCUUAAUAAUGAUGUGUUUUUUUUCCUCUAGUGUCUAAUCUUGCGGCGAUGAAAGUAUUUCGGUAUGAUGUGGCAUCUUCGCCCAUUUCUGUUCACUUGCCUGUCUCAAGAUUUUUAGCAGGUAAGAACAUUCGGGGUGUGCGUAGAGCUGUUUUCAAGUUUAUUUUGAAAAUAAUCCGGAAGUAUAUUGGUUAUCCCUCACUACGCUCUUUGAUUAGUCUAGGAAACUUGCACAACACUCACAACCAGUAAGAUCGCUCUGUGAUUCAUCACGGAAACUUGUGCCACACUCAACCAAUCAGGUGCAUGCAAAAACGAAAACGGUUAUUCGCGCGUUUUCCCGCACACGAGGCUUUCUUUGCCUGCACUUCGAGUUCUCAUUGGUUCCUGGUGAUGUUAGUCUUUUCUCUAACUGGCCGUGGUGGUUUCUUUGGUAUUCGUUUUUUUUAACCAUUCAUAGAGCGGAGUGAAGCAAAUCAAUAAUGUUUCAGGAUUAUACGUGUUGAGAAAUCCAUUAGAAAAUUCCGCAAAAUGCAGAUGCUGAUAGUGGUCGACAUGUGUUGAGAUCAGUUUGUUAUGGGUGACGUACCAUUUUAAAGCUCGAUUCUUUUUUAUAUCAUUUUCAGGUCUUCUACUUGCCUGUGAAAAAUUUCAGCUGUCAUUUUGGGACCUUUUUGGAUUCGAAACUCAGGUAAAAUUGAAGCAUGUAAUCUUAAUCUUCUUCUUUUUUUCAGCUGUGGCCAUUUCGUAUAAUUUAAAUAUAACUUCAAUUGACUGGCAGUAAUCUGGAAUGGGUUUGGUCCCAGUCGAAUAAUGAUUUAAUUAUCUCUUUCGUACACUUAAACAAUCGAGUAUUAAACUGAUAGCAAUCAGCCAUUUGUCGAAGGCCGUUACUCUGGUUCUGGUGUUGGUGCCUAUUCACCUCUAAAUCUUGUUGGCUUAUCGACAUUUGGUGUUGAUGUGAUUGGAAGUAGCAGCGGUUCGGUUUUGGUUCUAUAGUAGCACAUUGCGUGCUGAAAGGUUUGAUUUUGAACCAAUAAACCCCUACCCCCUCCCCCUCCCCAUGCAUUUCGUCAGCCUUUUGUAACUGUUCACCAGUACCCAAUUAUACUCUCGGGUGGAGUAUGGUGUACUAAUAGAACUGUCUUGCCUCAGUGCGUAUCACAGUCACCUAGCUCGGUUUGGAACGUGGACUUCUUGACCCAGAGUCCAGCCAUCCAGUUGUGAGGCCAUUGCGUCUCACGUAAGUUCCUUAAUUUUCUCCGAAUAAUGUAUAAUGUGUGAUUUCUUUUCCAGGACGACAGGCUAAAGUUGUUUCUAAUAGAGUACCCUCUUCGCACUCUCGCUAUGGCGGCACAAGUCCAUGCUGGACUCUGGCGAAGAAACGGUUACGCUGUGAUGCACCAGGUAAGGCAUGAAAUACAUUCUGGUCGUUACCUUUUAGUGUGUCAAUAGUUCUUCUCUUUACUUAUCUUUUAAACUUUUAACUUUUGUUUUCCUUGUUUUGUUUCUGGCGAAGUAAUAAUGACAUGAUUUCGUUUUUAUCCAGGUAUAUAACUAUCUGCAUGUAAAAUGCCGUGCAGAUAUGUUCGAUAAGGAUGUGAUCAUGCUUCAGGUAGGGUUCUAAAGGUGCUUUUUUUUUCAGUCCGUUGGCUGAGCAAAAAAAAACGUUUCAAUUUUUUUUCUUUCUUACACGCUCUUUUGUGAGUGCAAGGGGUUCUUUAUUAUUUCGCGUGAUGACAUUUUAGAAUCGUAGUCUACCAGAAAUAGCGUUACCCAACAAACGCACAAACAAAAAUCAAACAACAACAACAACAUUACAAGACAAGAAAUUGUGACGCAUGCUCAUGUGAAAACACUGCUGACUUGUAAAGGGACGCUAGCGCUGUUAAUUGGUAAUUCUAUUCUCGUUUUUCUUUGAAGGUUGUGGCUUCGUUUUUGGACAGCGAUUAUUUGUUAGUUGCUAUGUUGGACAAGUUUGAUCUCUUGGAGUGGUCAAGGUUACUUUAUGUUUUCUUUGCAUAGUUUUAUUCUGUAGGCUCACAAUUUUCUCUCUUAUUAACUCCGACCUCCAAUCUUUUUAUUUCUGUGAAAAUUAUGAUGUUUCUUCAAGAAAGUUUAUGAAGCAAAUUCGUUUUUUCUUGUCAUUUAUCGUGAAAUCUGCUCUGUCAUCCAACAGUAUAUUUCUGAAUGUUAGUAAAGCAAUUUGGUGACUGAAAAGCUGUUUUCACUGAUUGUGCCUCAUAGCGAGACGUUCUUUUCUUAAUGUUGUUUUAGUUCAGCGGCUCUGUAAUAUUGUUUUUCUAUUAUUUUAUAGGUUCGCCUUUGAUGAAAGCAAAUAUGACCAGGUGACUAUGAUGAACCGUAUUAAGCUGCGUUUCCAUAUAUUUUUCUCUUUUUGCAAUAACAGAAUCGUCGAAUACGCCUGAAAAAUAGUUCGUGGUUAGUCAAACGCGGCUUUUUGUGUAGACUGAGGAACUCUUCAGACGCCUUUGAGAAUCUGUAGGGAAAUUCGUAGAGUGUCUCUUUAAAGCCCUCUUUGCUCUCGCAAAAUGCUAGUAGUUUGGCCUUCUCUGGAGGUUGGAUUGUCAACCUUGUCGAGCUUUUCGUAGCUGUGAAAUUCAGUUCACUCUAAGAUUCAUGGCGUACAAAGCGACAAUUAUUAAUAAUGUAGUAGAGCGUUUUCACUUGUGACCAUUCUUUUGUUUUGAAGAGUUCCACUCCGACGUGAUUGCCGGAGGAAAUGCGCCAAUUUCUCCUAGUAGAAUUAGUUCAUUAAACCCUCUUCUGGUGGUAAUCCAAGAAAUGUCCACAUCAUAUCACUGUGGCCAAACUUUUGUUCACCUUCCUCGUCUCUAAUCAUAGUUGCUGCUUUUGUGGAUUAUUUCAGGAGAAGCUGACUCAAAGGUUGACGAUUGCAGAAUCAUUCUUGUCCUUGCUGAUAGCCAUCGUGGGUGAGUACGAUACACGAUUGCUUUGGUGGACAGUGGAAUUCGUUUGCUUAAGCUGAAAAAAGAACCAUUAAGGCGUGUUUUAAGGAAUAUAAAAAAUAUCUCUUUACUACCAGUUAUGAAGCCCUCAUGUGGCCAAUUGGAAGUUAACUUCUUGAAAUCCUGUUUUGAGCAUUCACAAUCUUGUUUUCACUAUCUUGUUUUUUCCAAUUUUAUCUUUCGUUAAGGUGAGCGCUACAUACCUGGUGUAGGCCGUGUGUCAGCGGGCGAGUUCAUGAGACGCGAGAUCGUACACAAACUGUGCUUACGUCCUAUGACGCACAGCGAGCUCAUAAAAAAUCUUCCUCUCGUCGACAAUGAACUGGAGGAUGAAGAAGGCGUGGACGGAAUCAUCGAAUCUGUGUCAAUAUUUAAGUAAGAGGCGACGGUCUUCUGGUGUGAAUCUUUUUCCCCGUGUAAAUUCUCUACGAGAACGUUUUACAGGUCCCAAAUCCUAAGCCUGAUUGAAGUGAAAAUGGAGCGUUCUCUUUGCCGGUCCAGUUUGUUGCAGAUUUUAAUUCUGCCUCGUCCAGAAUAAAAUGCUAGAACGACUACAAACCAGUUUAUUUGUUGCGGUUAAAGUGAGCCAAAGGCAUUUGCAUUUGCUUUUUGAUCGCUGUCUUCAUCUCAAAAAACGUGUAUGUCGUUGAUGUUAUUUGUUAUUCUGUGGUAUGAUCUUGGGAAGAUUUCAUCAAAAUGAAUAGUAACUUUGCUAAGGGUUGAAAUUUGCUAAGGGUUGAAAUUAUUUAGCAAUUCCUUGCAUAAGACCUCGAAAGUUGAGGGUCUCUGUCAUCCUUAUAAUAUUUGGAAUGUUUUGAUCACCUUCGAAACUAUCUUGCUCAGAAAGUGUUAGUUGUGGAAUUAUUUUUACCGUCUUCAAAAGGUAAUAAACGGUAAAUUACUCUCAAUAUGAGCAUAUUAAAACAUGAACGGUACCGUUUAUUGAAGUUCAUUGUCUUGAAUAUGAGAAUGGCUUUUUAUGAUAAAACGGAAGGUGUGCGUUUGAACGUUAGCCAAGUAGAGCGGAAAAACGCUUCGCUUUGAUUUGUUCUGCACCAAUGCUGUUUUGCAGAAAACCUGGAGUUACAGGGCGAGGACUCUAUGAACUGAAACCAGAUUGUCUUAAGGAGUACAAUCCAUUCUUCUAUCACUACACACGGGUAGAGCAGUCCAAGGUAUGUAGAUUUGCUACAUUUGAAAGUUUAUUAAAGAAGACUUUAAGCUACUGCAGCGGCUAAGAUAGAGGAUCAACUCUGCCAAACAACAAGUAUGAUCCUUUCUAUAUCCAAGUACCUUCCAUGUACCCAAAUUAGUUUUAGAAAUGUUCGUACAGCAUUUCACUUUACUUUAAACAUUAUAUCCAACAGGCUGAAGAACAGCAGCGUAAAAGAGGGAGAAGUGAAAAAGAAGUUAGAGGUGCGACUAACGGUUUCGACGAUAAUGUUGAUGAUCUCUUAGCGCUCUGUUCGAUUUAGUGAUUUUAAUUACGAUAAUCACAACGGCAAAAUCAGAUCAGAGGAAAGUAGUAAUGGGGAAGGGUAGCAGUAAGCGCGCUAGCGGAGCACAUACGUAAUACAUUAGCAUGAACUCCUCGAGAGGAAAGCGUCCCUUCUAACCGAGUGAACUCGUGUAGUAUGUGCUCAACUAAGAGUUGCUCUUUUUUUAACAUUAACUCUUGUUUUUUAAAGGGGAUAACCCACCCAUCCCUCCUGAGUUUUCCACACCCUUUAGAAGUGUGUUGAACUUGCUGACCAGUAAGAUACUUGUGGGACUCAUUAACACGCUUCUCCUGCGAGCGCAGUGUACUCAAGCCAGAGCUGUUACGGAUUUGCUUGUACAGCAGGUAAGCAGCUAGCUAGACAUUGACAGCAUUUUUAUGGCGAAAGAAUAUUUAAACGGAAAUGUGCUCUGGAAAACAAUCGAUUUUUGUUAACGCCAUUGAAAAGCAGUUCUAACAAUUUGCCUCUCAUCUGAGUUUGAGAUAUCAAGGUGAUUAUGUGGUGUUAUUUUCUGAUUAAAAGUAGUCUUUAAAAGUGCUUAUAUUUAUUUAAGUAUUCAGUAGAGAGCAAGGUAAAAGGCACUAGAUGAAUAAAAAAUAGGACUCAGGCCAGGCUUCCCUACGAAGUUUACUGCUAACCCAACCCCAGUAAAAUUUCCUAUGAUCCUAACCCGGCUUACUUCCUUAACAAACUAGGUAUAGACAAUAAACUAGGUGAAAUAUGAUGAUAUUACUACUAGAUAAUAUAAUAUUAUGAAUAAUUUUGGAAUAUGAGAAACUUGACGAGAACACCGAGCAACAGUGUUACUUCUACGAAACUUAGGAAAGAUAAUAUUUUAAGACCUUACGUUGUUUCGGUCAAGAACAAGGUUCAGGAAAAAAUUCAAUUUCUGUUUGAAAUGCAUAAGGUGCAAUUUGCCUCAGUUAUAUCAGAGACUGCAUUCCAGAGGUUAGCUAUUCGAAUAAAGGAAAAGUCCCUAAAACCAGAUAUUCUUGGAAUGCCCGUAUUAGUAGUAGUGUUAGCCGCUGUUGGUGGGAGUGAUUGGUCUAGGUCUCGAAAACCUGACUAGAAGCUAUCACCAUAGUCACCUUGCUUACUAAACAAUCCCUAUUUCAUUUUGCAUUGUAGGUUCUUCAUCUAAUUUGUCUUGCUCUCCACGAAGAAAAAAGGCAUCGCAUGAAUAAAAAAGCAGACGAAUUCAACUUCAUCUCCGUUGCAACUUCCCAAGGAGGUAUUUACUGGUUCACGUAUCUCAAUUGGCCGUGUUAAUUAAUAAUUCAAACCAAAUGGAUUGAAUGGUACUACUUUCCUGACACAAAAAGGUCCUACCACUUUUAAUCGUGCGCAGGAGACAGACGUUUAUUACAUUUUCUCCAGUGCAUACUGAAGGAAAACCGUCCUUUAAUAAGCUGUUUUAAAUCUGUUAAAAUCCUCAAUUCCCAAUUAAUCGCCCCAUUUUGUGAGACGAUAGCCACAAUUUCAGAAAGGUGGUUGCAGUUGUUUUUUUUCCCGACAGUUUUUAGGAUUGUUUUCGAUGUGAUAAUAUCAAAACCAAACCAAUUUUGUCGGCCAGUCUGAACUUAGUGGAGUAAUUAAAGGAGCCAAUAAGAACUCAGAGUUGAUACAUGUAAGUAGCUUCAGGCGUUAAAAAAGUGGGAAGUGGCUAAGUAGAGUUUGGCUUUGGUUUUGCAAACGAUUGCUUGAAAUAAUUCUUUAAGCUUUCGAGACUUAUCCCUUAACCUGAUAAAGCAAUGAAUCCCGGUUUAUUAUGCUACGUUUUUGCAGAUCAUCCGCAAAGUCUUCUAACAACACUGGAGAAAUUGCAGAACUGUGAACUGCCUGAGGAACAUGCUAGGCAGUUGGCGUGGAUCUUAAAGGUAGCUCGCAGCCAUUAUUAUCAUUAGGUUUUUUCUCUGUUCGUUUGUUUUACGGGAGUUGAGGGCAUUUUCGGAAGGUUAACUUAGCUAAUAUUAAGGGGGUAAGUUUCUAAAGAAACUGUGGUGCUGCGUCGGUGGGAGAGUAUAGCGGGUAAUUUAGUGUUAACAACUGAGUUGAAAACGUAAAUUAGACGAAGGGCUAACGCUCGAAACGUCAGCUUUUUUACCCUUUACGGUGGCUAAUUUACGUUUUCAACUCAUUUGUUAGCUAAUAUUAAGUUCAUUACAUUCAGUUCGUUUUAAUUCGGUUUCGCCAUCCUUAAACUUAAUUGAAACAUCAGUUAGGAGGACGAGAAGAAACAUGAAAUAUAUUUAAAAUCCUCAGGAUGUGUACAAUAGCAAAAGUACGUAAACCUUCUGUGAAUUCGGUCAAAUUUUGUAGUAUUUGUGUGCUUUAGCAAAAUCGCUUACUAUUCCUUCCGAUAUUUGCUAGUUUGGGUUUACCGUAAUAAGUUUUGUAAAGUUCGAAAGUUUUUUCAGGCUGUGACCGUGAUUGUCACCAAAUUUCCUUUCCUAGAAUUUCUACGAGGAGCUUGAGGCACGUCAAGAAAAGCCCCAGGGGGUGGGUAUAGUGCAGCGCACCCAAUUUGAGAGGAGUAUUUCACAAGAAGAAGAGAAGGCAAAGAGAGCUCGGCUUGCUCAGGAGAGGAGAGCCAAAAUCAUGGCGCAGAUGUCUGCUUUGCAGAAAUCUUUUAUCAAAGAAAAUGCCGCUUUAUUGGCAUCAAUGGAAAAUGAGGAGUAAGUAAAAACUAGCGACCCAGGUUAGAAAAGAUUAGAAUGAAAAGAGGUUUAUACUCGCACAAACAUUUUAUAUCACCUGCAUCGUCUGAUGGUGAUCUUAGGUAAACAUAUUUGUGGAGCAAGUGCGUAUUUUUUUUGCGAGCGAAGUUUAAACUGAAGGAUUUGACAGUCGAGAUAUGUAUCUCCAUAAAUCUGUGUAGAAACUCUAAUUCUUUGAUUGAAACAACCAGAUAACGAGCAAAAGUAUGCUUAAUAGGACUGUUGUUUUUCUCUAUGUGCUAGUUACAACACAGCGGAGUCUACAGUCGCAGAAGUUAACGAAGUCGUUUUACAUGAUGAGCCUGUAGUACUAGGAGUUCAGCGCUGUCAGAAAGGAGUGCGAACUAUACACUAUGCAACCGAGCCUUGUAUUUUGUGCCAAGAACAGCAAGAGGUGAGAGUAUGUCAAGUCAAAUGGAGAUGGAAAGUUCGUAAGUUAUUUCAGUACAGCAAUGUUUGUUCUUCGUUAACAGGUUAGUAGUGACGGACGAGCCUUAGUUAUAGCCUCUUUUGUCCAGCGGUCGACCGUGUUAUCGCGAUCCCGCGGCAAAAUGUUCGAGAAUGGUGACGAGCUAGACCCCCUUUACACCCCGGGGGACCACUACUGGGGAGUCCAUGUCAGCAGCUGCGGUCACAUGAUGCAUAGCGACUGCUGGCAAGGAUUCUACCAAUCCGUUGUGGUCAAGGAGAGAAGAGCCAUGCGUAUGGGACAAUAUUUCAGUGUGGAUGUCUCAAGAAGAGAGUAUCUAUGUCCAUUGUGCGGCUGUAUCAGCAACACAGUUCUACCCGUGGUGCCUGCACUGUUCAACGGUCGGGGAGAGGGGUGAGGAGAUAAUUUUUAUUUCAGAAGUUUUUAAAGUGUUCGACUAAAAUUGUUAAUCAGUCGAAGAAUAUGAUAAUAACAACAAGAACCAACAAAAGUUCAAGAUCAAGAUGGUUAACCUGCGCCAAGUGUAAGAGAAUACGCGACUCGUGAUUGGUCAAGGAGGUGUCGGGAAUUAUUUUUACCCAGUCACAAAGCCAACGAACCAACUGAAGCCGUAUAAGUUCUCAAGAAAUAAAUAAUUUAUGGAAAUGAAAAAAGACGAUGUUUGUGCAAUUCACUGUGUUGGCGCAAGAAUUUGUAUUAUCAUUUUUUGUUAGUGUUGGUGUUUCAUAGUUUCGUGUUAGGUGUUUAUUUUCUCGUCUUCCAUUAGAGUCCUUUGUCAGUUACCAGUUUUGUACUUGUUAUAUUUAUUUGCAUAUCGUAUAUAUAUUGGUUGCGCGUAAUUUAUUGGGUUAGUUGUCUAGUUUGCGAAAAUUAUCGUUACAUAUCUAGCUCUGGGUUUCAUGUUUUCGUCUUUGGUUUGGUCACAUUCGUCUUGUAAGUAUCCUUGUUUAUUUCGCUUUGUCGUUUUCCAGUACUUUCACUCAUACGAUGUAAGUUAUUUUAUGCUCAUUCGCGUGUUUGUAAUUUUGUCAUUUUCAGUUACCGUAUUCAACAAUGUGUCAAGUUUGUUCUAGUAAAGUUUGAAAUACGAGUGAUUAGCGUUUGCGGCUAUACACUGGACAACCCUUUUAUGUUUUCAAAAGUCUUUAUGAUUCCUGUGUUUAUUGGGUCACUUUUUCCUUUUCCGUAGAGUUGAGGAGGUAACAAUCCUAGAAUUUUUAAGUGGUAUGCAAGAUUUGGUCUCGUCGAAUCUCAAUUUAUUAUCAGAAGAAGACGACAAGAAAAAGAAGGAAGGUAAACAUACAAGGUGGAUCAAGGGGGAGGGGAGGGUCCAAAGGAAACAUUUGUGUUAGUCUCAAUCUUUUCCGCACUGUUUCUUUCUUUCACCAGCAUCAGAAAGAUUCCAAGCAGUAUUUCAAAAUCUUCUCAAAACUGGGUGAGGCUAGAACGUCUUUUCCUCUAGUUUCCUAUUUUUUCGCAUCCUUUUUUUUUAUAUAUCCUGAGAUAAAUUUUGACUUUUCUUCCCUAGAACGAAGUUUUCCAAUGAUUUGAAAGAAAUGAUGCGGGUUUUCUCUCAGUCUUGUUUCACGGUGAGUAAACACGUCAUGGCUUCAAUUCAUAAACAUUUUAAAGGAGUACUUUAUUUCACCGUUUGUGCUGAUAUUUUGUGUUUAAUUUAUCUUUUUUGAUGAAAAGUCUAGGUGUAAAAUUAAAGUUCCUUAGAGAAAAACCGGUGAAACUUCAAACUCGUGUUUCUUGCUAUUGUUUUGCGAAAUUUUAUCACAAGCGAAAAAAAAAGAACUUUCCGGUUGCACAUCCGAACACUGGCAAAGCCAACCCGAUGAAAUUGUUCUUUUAACGAACUCCCAGUGAAAAUUGGCCCAUCGGGUUGAUGAAAAUAGUAAUGAUAUUAAAAAUAAAUCGAUGAAUAUAUAUUUAAAGAAAUAAAAAGUUAAAUAACGGACUAAGGAGGCAUGAGUUCAUGGAAAGCCUGGAUGCUAAUGUGACAUUUCUUUCUUUCUUAUUUUUAUCGUGUGUGUGCAUUUAGGUUGGAUUAGGAGUUGAUCCUAAUGAUGACGACAAACGUGUUCCCCUGCUGGUCUGGGAAGCAUGUGCGUACACCAUACAAAGUGGAGGUUAGUUCAUACUUAAAUUGAUUGUACAUACAUCGUCGCAAAACAGUCAGCGCAACUCCAGGAGUAGGAGUCGACCUCUUAGCACCUCUUUCGUUGAAGUGUGUCUGUGAACGAAGUGGUUGUAUGAAGUGCUAGCUUAGUGUAAGUUAAUACUGAAAGAAAAAUUGUAAGAAAAUAGAUGAAGGCGGUAAGUUUCAAAAGAAACUGUGGUGUUGCGUCGUUGGAGGUGUAUAACGAGAUAAUUUGGUUUGAUCAACUGAGUUGAUAAUGUAAUCGGAUAGUGUUUCAAAAGCUGACAUUUCAGUUAAUUUGAUAUGUGUAAUUGGGGACCAACUAAUUUGCUUUGUUUGCUGUUUCUAGAGAGUGCUCUAAGAGUAGAAGGCAAGCCUCUUUUCUCUGGCCUUACAUCUCGUCAGGUAAAAUCGUGAAAUCAUUACAACUUUUUAUAACUUUUUUUUGUGUAUAACAUUCCUGUUUUGACAUUUUCCCCCUAGUUUCAGUGUAUGGCAGCGUUAACUCGCCAAGCUUCAGUUGUGUCAGGAAUAUUUUCAAACAAGGCCAUUCAAAGGCACUGUCUGCGGCUAUUAUCUGGUAAGGAAAGAGUUGGAAAAAUUGAUGAUUUUUAAGCUCGUUCGUUAGGUAAACACAGUUUUUAUUAAAUUCUCUCAAGAAGGAGACAAUGACGGAAUCUCUGUUCCUAUGAGGUUUCGAACCUCGGACCGUUGAGGGUCCAUUGAGUUAUAGAGAACCAACUGUACCACUGAAAAUUCGCUGGCAUGCAAAGUCAUGUUCUUGUGUUACAUGACAAGCGUCCUACAUACUGCAAGGUUCAGCAACGGCGAAAGUGUUGUGUGUGUAAAUGGAAAUGAAUUCUCGCAUGAACGUAUUGUACGGGAUAUUUUACUUAUGGUUUCUCUGUAGCUCAGAAGUAGAUUAUAGGGUCGUUGUUAAAUUGACCACGCUGCAGGUCUCAAAAUUGUAUCCACUAUCUUCCGGGUUUAUUGACAAUGAAAGUGAUUUCAAGCACUCUUGCUAAAAAGGCCCGCGGUAUAUCCCUGGUCAAAGCCAUGCACUUUGUUGCGUUGUCGGAAACACAGGAAGGGAGGAGUAACAGAACAGGCACUCUAUUGUAUUUUCAAGGGGAGUGGGGUUGGUGGAAGGGUUGUCCCACAAAGAGAGUGAGUAUGGGUUGGAAAUGUCGGAACAAGAAAAUACUGUAAUUCUCACAUUCCCUUGCUCCCUAUGGCAACCUACGGUCAGCUCACGUCCCAUCUCGACGAAAUCUGGUCGAGGAGGGUAUCGUUUGGUACUUGAUGAACAUAGCACUCGUAAAAUCACGAUUAAUCACAAUGUUGGUUGGUUGUCUGUUGCUUCCAACAAUAACAUCUGUGUACCACUAAUCAGUGUGCACCAGCGUGUGGCUGUGAAGCCAAAUCCUGGGUUGUCACAGGUUGCUCCUCUGUCUCACCUUAAUUUGUAUUUUAUUUGAUUCCAGUCCUAACACCCGACGCGGUACCUGGCACUGAAGGCCCGUCUCUCCUGGAGUUGGACCUUUUUAGUUUAAUGGUUAGCACUUAUUGUCGUCUUGAACAUUUUAAAACUUUUUCCGUGCCCUAAGCUUGGCUUUCAACAGUGCACGAUUAAAGAACAAAACAAAACAAAACAAAUCAAAAAACACAACUUGAUUGGUAUAUGCUUUACAAGGGCCUUUGGGCUAAAGAAAAGUGAUUUAUGGGAAUCUUAUAAGACUCUUGAUAGCUUUUUCUAGGUACACAAACACCAAAAAAAGUCAAUAUAAUGUUUUUCAUUACCAGGUAAAGCUCCGCCUGGUUCUACCGAGUAUGUUGUAUCAGGAGUCUAAUGAUGGUGGUUCGUCACCCAUCUUGAAGAGCAUUGUGGGUCUGAAUUCUCCUGUGACAAUGGAUCAGUCUGUUUUUCAGCUCACUCUGAUGGCGCGUAUUGUUCAAAUAUUGCUCUGUACAUCACCUGAUCUUCCAGGUAAGAAAAAGCGUGUCGUUUGGUUAUACUGACCACCUUACAACUUGAGCGUACUCGCUGGGAGUGUAAUUUCAUUUUCCACUUGCAUUGGCGAGAACAGAUCGUUGAAAAUUCAAAACCGUCUUUUUCUUUAAAACGAGGCAACUAAAGGAAUGGAUAGGUCCUCAAGACAUUCUGCAUCAAGUGCGAGAAGCGAGGGGUCAGUAUCGGAUUUUCAUGUGAUUUGUUGAGGAGAUCUAAGAAAUUCAUGAGCUGAGUGUCAAAAGUAAUCCACGAUUGUAUUUGUUUGCUUGACUCCACCUUGUGAUUGGUUUAGAAAACACGCGCCACCUUCUCAACCAAUCACAUGCAAAGUUCUGACAUGGCCAUUCGCGUUUUCUCGCGCUCAGGGAAGUUUGAUUGUUUUUACUUUGAGUACUCAUCGGCUCAUCGUGAUAUUUUUCUUUCUCUCUGAUUGGCCGUGGUGGCUGCUUUGCUUUUGGAUCUACAAGACAAAAAACGAACGGUGUUUAUUCCAUUCUUAGAAGCAGUCUUGACCUUUUUUUUUUUUAAAUUUUUUUUCUGUCAAGCGAUAUUGGAGUUUUAGGCAAGCGGUAUUCGCACUUAGUUUCGAGGAAAAGACCGCUACAUGGAGCCCUUGUAUUCUUAGAAUGCUUGUGCUUAUUUCAUGCCACAAUUCACUUCGUGGUCAUUUUUUGAUAGGUGCUGUCAACGAGGGGGAAUCAAUGGACCAGGAAGGGCCACUUCAGGACGAGGCUGUAAAGUUAGCUGCCGUGUGGGGUAAACUGAGGCACUGGGCAGGGUAAAGGAAAUACUUGUUUUCUUUGCUUUAACAGAGAACUGUACUGAUUUUGUAGUUGCGAUUGAGUUAUGCAGUUAUUCUAGAGCGAUGUUAACCUUUUGCACCUGUGGAAGUCUUUUCUAUUUGGGAAAGCGUUAAGUUAUUUCAAGUUGUUUGUUUAUUUUAAGUAACCCAUCUUGUGCUUAACUUCGAAAAUAAAUCAGUAAAAUAAAUAAAAUUCGUUUUCCCAGUGUGCUCUCAAACUAUAAAAACCAUCAUGACAUUAAAUAAUUCAGCAAUUGUUUUUGUGUGACGACUGAACAAACUGCAAAGCCUCAUUACAGUUUUGUCUGAUCACUUCUAAUUGCCUUCCUCUUCUCAACGCAAUGCGAUUAUUCUAGAUGUACCUCUGGUUUUCAUGGUUCUCUGAGUUUGAAACUAGAUUGUCUUUGGUUUGUCCCAUUGAAAGAUGAUGAAAAUUCUUCUUAAAAACGCGUUCUCUGGUUAAUAAAUAUUUUGAAAACGGAAGCUUUCGGCCUCAGUAUACAACGACUAAAAACCAAAAUUUAGAAGCUCAGGUUGGAAGUCUAUGUAUUACUGCAAAGGUUUGGAGACUUGAAUCUGACUGCUGACGUUUUUUUAUAUUUUUUAACAAGAGCCGUACUUUAUGAUCUUCUUUUAAUGGUGUUAUUGAUUGAAGUUUUCUUUAUUUUGUUGUUUUAGUUCCCAGUCCAUUACUCCUCAUCCCAUGCCACAGGAGCUUCUUAGACUCGUGACGACACAGUUGUUACCAUUCCUUCGCUGUUCGGCUCUGUUCUUUCAUUUCCUGACUGAUAUUUCAGGACCAUCUUUAUUGAAAGGUAACCAGCAAAUCUCGAACAGAGAACAAGGGAGAAAAACCAAACUACUGUCUGGAAGGCUGAUCUUCCAUAAAGAAUUCAUUUACUUUGUUUUAACUUUCUUUUUUGACGUAGCCUUUUCGCGUGAACUAGUUCGGACUUUGUGCUGAAGAGCGUGUACAAUACUCGCGAGCUCAGCCAGGGAAACCAUAGUAACAUGGACACAGCGGUCAAACGUUUGCGCACGUACGAACGUUGUUGUGGCCAGGGUCGUGGCUAGGUGGUGGCCUUCCAGGCUCUCAGAACCGAGCUGUUUUUAACAGGAAUUAGACUAUAAGACUAAUUAGACUAUGGUAUUAGAAUUAUGGUGAAAUGAGUGAUUCUGGAAUAGUUGAAAAGUAGCGAAGCUUUCCGUUCUUGCCAAGAGGUAGCUAAAGCGUUUACGCAAAUUUCCAAACUACACGAGUUGUCAUCCUAAAAGGUAUGUUUUAAGUUACAUAAGAGAUAUUACAUUCGACAUGUUUAGUUUUGCGUGGUUAAUUAAUUUAUUUAUGCGAUCCAGAUCCCAACCGACCCUCGUUGACCGAGGAGAUAGAGUGCUUGAGCCGAUACCUUUCAGUGCCUACAGACAUGACGUGCUUACUGCAGUGGAAUCAAGACAGGUCUUGUAUUAGUUCGUCAACCAUCUUCACCACCAUCAAAAGGUUUGUAUCCUCAUUCAAACUCGUGGUUGUGCACCGUGCGGCCAUGUUUGAUUUGUCACAUGAUUCCGAAUGAAAUUUGGGAAAAACAAGCACUAGUAAUUUCUUUAAAGUCAAAAAAAUUGCAAAAUUAAUCUUCUUUUUUUUUUUUUUUCCUUCUUUUGCUCUUUUGAUAGGUGGUGUAGCCACGAGCAUGUUAAGAAAACCUUGUCUACCGCGGGAGUUGAAUCACUAGGGUAAGUGAGGUUCUUUCCAGAUGAUGGUGAGAACAUGGUAUGAAUAAGCAACAUGAGGUUAACAUUUCUGUCUGAUGUAGGACUGUUUUUCGGAUCAUUGAAGACGGGAGUUGGCUAAUCGCCUCCUCUAUUCACUCUUCCUUCAUGAAACACUAGGUUCAGGUUUUACAAUGUACCUUGCUGAUUAUCAUACAUCGUUACAGAACGGUCGAAUUUACCCCGCUGGAAGAAAUACAUUUCAGUUAAGUGAGUGUGUGUUAGAUGGACUCGCUAUGCGGAUUUAUGUGGAUGUAAAGUCAAAACCGAAAAACAAAGUAACAUUUUCAAUUUAUCGGGCUUUGAGUUGACGGGUUGUCAGUGCUGCGUUUCAUUUUUAAUGAGUCGUACUUUUCUCAGAUAUUCAAUAGAACCCAAUCAUUUGCUGAAGAUUCCUGUGGACUACAGUGAGUUAAUCAACCAAGCUUCAAUGUUCACGUAAGUUCAUUAUUAGGAUUGUCAUUAUCAUUAUAGCUGUUAUUAUCAUUAUCGUCGUCGUUAUUAUCAUUAUCGUCGUCAUUAUUAUCAUUAUCGUCGUCAUCAUCGUCGUCUUCAUCUUACUUUUUAAAGAUGCAACUUUGUUCUUUUUCCAGCUGCCCUAAUUCUGACGGAGAUGAUAGUCGUGCGCCAGCUUUAUGUUUGAUUUGCGGCGAAAUGCUUUGCUCUCAAAGCUACUGCUGCCAAACGGAAAUCGAGGGGGACAAAGUCGGAGCAUGCGCUGCGCACGCCCGGAAAUGUGGUGCAGGAGUCGGUGUUUUUUUACGUGUACGUGAAUGUCAUAUCUUGUUGAUGGCCAAUAAGAACAAAGGGUGUUUCUACUCGCCUCCUUAUUUGGAUGCAUACGGCGAGACCGACCAAGGGCUCAGGUGAGUUCGUGAAAAUUCUUUCCGAUCGCGGUGACAUUUAGAAAAUGUAAGGCGAAAACUCUGGGUCCAGUUUAACCCUUAAAUUCCUAAGAUCUGAUUGUUUAUUCUCCCCUUUAGCUGCUACAAAUUUCCUCGCAUUUAGUUACGAGAAUUUGGUGUUAGAUCAAGAUAACAACUUCUACCUGAUAAGUUUGAAUACUCUCAUUACAUGUUAAUAAUGAAUAUAUUUUUUUAGGGAGAAGUUACAUUAAAUCACUUUCGGGAGUUAAAGGGUGAACUGGCUGAUUUCUUCAAAACUGAGCUAGUAACUUCCCCAAUUUCUAAGCGUAGUACGGUUAAACGGAAAAAUAGUUGAUAAGGAGUAGUUGUUUGCACAGUUGAAUGAUAUAGAUGGAUUUAUAGGAGAGCUUAAGGGAGAGGAGGGUAAGUAAAAUACACGUUUAAGUUAACCUGUUUUAAAAAUAAUAGCGCUGUUGACUUUUCGGCAUCUUUUUUAAUGGGUCAAUUUACUAUUUGGCGGUAUGUAAGAGAUCCAACAGUCCUUUUCGGAAUUACUUCUAUUUUUUUUGUUUUGUUUUGCUUUGUUAAUUAUGAAUAUUGGAAUGAAUGUGAAUUUUCAUUUUCACUCUUUCGAAAAAGUUCAGAAGUCUUUUUUAUCGAGUUAAAAUGAAACAACAACAAUAGCACUUCAGUUCAUCGCUUUCGUUUCCUUUUGUAGGAGGGGUAACCCACUGUAUCUUUGCCCUGAUCGAUAUCGGAAACUGGAGAAACUAUGGCAAACUCACUCAGUAGCUGAGGAAGUCGCGCACUGCCUGGAAUCUAAUAGGAACUUGUUAUCAAUCGACUGGACAAAUCUGUGAAAAGGCCUGGUCGCCAAUUUAACAAACCAUUGGACUUAAAUUCCAUUUUUCUUUCACAUUUUUGUUUCCCUUUGGUUCUAUAUUACCUCUUGGGACAUAUAUUCCUCGGUAAACUAUUACUACAAGGUUUCUACCGCAAUUUACCUCGUUACCUUAGACUUCUCAACGUAUACAAUAACGAGAAUACUGAGGCUGGCUCAAAGGUGCAGAGGAAAGUAGUUAACUAACAGGGAAACAACAUCUUAAGACUUAUCUCAGACUUUGAAAAAUUUCUGUAGUUUUCUUCUCUUGUCGCUCAUCCGUCGCACGAAGAACUCAUCUUACGAGUAAAUCUGGAUACCUAGCUUUUAAUGUGUAACCAUCAAAUAAUAAGUAGCUU